AUGGGACCAAUUUCCAAUCUACAAAGACAGUGUCAAUGCAGCAUUAAGACGUCAUCGAGUAGAUGGCGCCCUCCGCCAAGAAUAUCGAGAACAAUUGGCAAACUUACAAUUCGAGAUACACAGUUUCAUGUUAAUGUUGAUCAGUUACGCCGUUGUUGGAAAAUUCAAACUUUAACUUCUCGUGAAGACUGGCUUCAAUGGCUAAGCACUUUACGUGUUCAUUUUAUCCGUCAAAGCCCAUCGCCUGCUUUGAGGGCAUGUACAGGAUUAGCUGAAGCACACGAUCCUUUGGCAAAGGAACUAUUUAAUGCCGCAUUUAUUUCUGUUUGGACAGAACUUCGUGAAUCAGACCAAAAUCAACUUACAAUGUUACUUAUUGAAAUUUUGAAGCAAUGUCCACAUGCAGAGCCUAUCCAAGCAAUUUUAAAUUUGGCAGAAUUUAUGGAUCAUUCAGAAAAGGGUCCUUUCCCAAUAGAUUACAACACGUUAAGUAAAUCAGCAGAACAAACUCGUGCUUAUGCUAAAGCUUUGCGCUAUAAAGAACUUGAUAUAUUAAAAUCGAGAAAAGGAGAACCUAAUCCUGAUGAUUGUCAAUCUUUGAUAAUUUUAUUUAAUAAGCUCAAUUUGGAAGAAGGUGCUGCUGGUAUCGUUCAGUAUGCAAGAAGACAUAAUAUGGAAAUUUCGGGUCGUUGGUACGAAAAACUUGGUGAAUGGGAAAAAGCUUUAGAAUUGUAUAGACAAGAAAUGCUUUUAAUGCCAGAUACAGACCCUUCUUGGACUACACUCUCUUCAGCAUCUUCUUUAACAGAACAUCAUUCACAACAAUUACAGUUGCAACAACAUACCCCAACGGGACACCAACAAGAUAUUUCCCGUCAUGCAUCUUCUAUUCAUUGCGAAAAUAGUAUAUCUAGUCGUAAAUUUGAUAUUGAACUUCACCAAAUGCGUUGUCUCGAAGCUUUAGGACAAUGGUCACAACUUAGCAAUGCUUGUCAAACAGCUUUAUUGGAUAGUGAACUUGCCGAAACUCAUUUAACUCGUCAACAAAGUGAAACUCCAUUAGACAUUUCCUUAUCACAUCAUAAUCUUGGAAUAGGUGGAGGAGGAGGAGGAAGUAGCAGUAUUGGUGGGGGUAUUGGUGGUGGUGGAGGAAUUUUAAAUACAACAUUAAAUGAAUAUGCAAGGCGUCAAAAAAUUGCACAAAUGGCUGCUAGAGCUAGUUGGGCUACUGGCGAUUUUGUUAAAAUGAAUGAAUAUGUACAAAUGGUCAAUGAAAAUACACAAGAAGGCUCUUUUAUGCGAGCUGUAUUAGCUAUACGUGAAAAUGAUUUUGAGCGUGCUCAUUCUUACAUCAAUAAAGUGCGUGAUAUUUUUGAUUCUGAGUUAACUGCAAUGGCAACAGAAAGUUAUGAUCGUGCUUAUGGUGCAAUGGUUACUUUACAAGAAUUGACAGAAUUAGAAGAAGCUGUUGAAUAUAAAAUGAUUACUAAUCGUGAUGCUCGUAUUGUAAUGCUUUGGAGUCGUCGUUUACAAGGAUGUAGACCAAAUAUAGAUCAUUGGAGACGUAUUUUGUUGGUUCGUUCAAUUGUUUUUUCACAAAAUGAAUUACGCACACAUUGGAUAAAAUUUGCCGCACUUUGUCGACGUGAAGGCAAACAAGCUAUAGCAAGAAAUAUUUUACGUUCAUUAUUGGAUGUAUCUGGUGAUGUCCCAGUUGAUAAAUUAAACAUUCCUUUUGAUAAACCACAAUUAGCAUUAGCUGUUUGUAAACAAAUUUGGUGUGAAGGACAAAAAAGGACAGCUUUUUCACAUUUGGAACAACUUACUAAAACUCUUCACCGAUUAAUUGAACGUAAUCGUUUAGUAUAUCCACGUGAACAACUGGAACCUUUAGCUAGAAUUACAGCAAAAUGUUAUUUAAAAUUGGGUGAAUGGCAAGAAUCAUUACUGCAACAACAAGCUAUAAUUUUGCCGAGCGAAAGGCAUGGAAGUUUUUGUAUUUCUCCUUCAUUAAAAAUUCAAAAUUCAUCUACAAUUAAUAAUUCAACUACAAUUCAUCAUCAACAACAACAACACCAAUAUUCACCCUAUUUAUAUCAACAACAACAAUCAACAACUUCAUCUCCAUUUCAACAACAACAACAACAACCUUUAACUAGUGCUGGAUUUAUGCAACAAAGACAAGCAUUUGAACAUUCUACAUCUAUGAAAUUACAUUAUUUUGUUGUUGCAACAAGUUUUGAUCAAAAUUGGUAUAAGGCUUGGCAUCGUUUAGCUACAACAUAUUAUUCAGCUAUUAGCCAGCAUCAAACAUCGACACCUUCGCAACUUCCUCCAACUUUAUUACCUAUGGAAAUUGAUUAUUCUAUUGCUGCUGGGAAAAAACCUUGGCAUCAUCAUCAUUAUCAACACCAGCAACAACAACAUUAUCAUCAACAACAACAUCAACAACAACAACAACAACAUCAACAUCAACAAUUAGCAGCCUAUUAUACUCCAAUACCUUCACAACAACAACAACCACACCAUCACCACUCUCAUCAUCAUCCUCAACAACAAAUAGUUACUGAUUUAACAACAAUUCCACCACCUUCAAUAAUUACUGGAGGAUGUGGAGGUGGAGGAUGUGGGGGAGGAGGAGGUGUGGAUAAUACUAGUAGUGGGUAUGUUCAACAUCCACUUCCUUUACAUGGUAUGCCUGUAGCUUAUGUUCAACCACCUCCAUCGGUUCAAGCUGCAGCUGCUUCUCAAAUGAAUAGUCCACCGAUAAUGCAGUCACCGCUUAGAGCACAUCAAUUAGUUACUAAUUAUGCUGUAAAUGCUGUUAGUUGUUUCUUCAAGGCUAUUCAAUUGGCUGAAGGUUCUCGUCUUGAUGACACUCUUCGCCUUUUAAUGCUCUGGUUUGAUUAUGGUGAUCGUCCAGAAGUUUUUGAACGUUUACGUGAUAAUUUAAAAAUGAUACCCUCCGAAGUAUGGUUAGAAGUUGUUCCACAAUUAAUUGCUCGUUUGGAUUCUCAAAAUAACACUGGAGUUUUAGUUAGACAAUUAGUUAUUGAUGUUGCUAAAGCAUAUCCACAAGCUUGGGUAUAUGCAUUAACUGCCGCAAUAAAAUCUCGUAAUACUCGUCGUUCCCAAGUAGCAAAAGAAAUACUUGAUAUAAUUGCUGAAAAUAAGCCAAUACUUGUUGAACAAGCAACUUUAGUUAAUGAUGAAUUAAUUAGAUGUGCUAUAUUAUGGCAUGAACAAUGGCAUGAAGCUUUGGAAGAAGCUAGUCGUUUCUAUUUUCAAGAUAAAAAUGUUGAUGAAAUGAUGAAUAUUUUACGCCCAUUACAUCAAAAAAUUGAACAAGGGCAUACUACAAUGAAAGAACAAUCUUUUAAUCAUACAUAUUAUAAAGACUUGAAGGAUGCAUUUGAACAUUGUGAGGUUUUUAGACGAACUGGAAAUCAGAAGGAAAUGGUAGGGAUAUUAUUUAUAAAUCGAAGUUUCUGUUCCCUUCACACUGCCUCAUAG